AUGGGUAAAGGCAAGCCUAGAGGACUCAACGCCGCGCGUAAGCUGCGAACGCAUCGCCGAGAGGGACGUUGGGCCGAUCUUCACUACAAAAAGCGCCUGUUAGGAACUGCCUACAAAUCAUCACCAUUCGGAGGAUCUUCACACGCUAAAGGAAUCGUCCUAGAGAAGGUUGGGGUAGAGGCAAAACAGCCAAAUAGUGCUAUCAGGAAAUGUGUCAGGGUACAAUUGAUCAAGAAUGGCAAAAAAGUCACUGCCUUCGUGCCAAAUGACGGCUGUCUGAACUUCGUGGAUGAGAACGACGAGGUAUUGCUUUCUGGAUUCGGUCGAAAGGGUAAAGCCAAGGGUGAUAUUCCCGGAGUGCGAUUUAAGGUCGUGAAAGUGUCGGGAGUGGGUUUGUCUGCUUUGUGGAAAGAAAAGAAGGAGAAGCCUAGAUCAUAG